UCUCCGGCCGACGGGCAGCCCUCUGACGCCGCAGCCCCGCCUCUCUAUGACGUCACACGAGGAGCCCUGAAGUGGCGGUCAAGCUUGAGGCGUCAUCUGGCUGCGCCUAGUGGGCCGUUGCCUUACAGUUUCUGAGAGGAGGCGAGAGGCGGGGACGCUAGGGGCAAGAUCAUGUCUGACUGGGAGAGGUUUCCUUGGCAGCAGAGGACGCUAGGUUUGGGAUGAAAGAAGCUGGGCAGAUGCAAAAUCUGGAGAGCGCGAGGGCCGGGCGGUCAGUCAGCACCCAGACUGGCAGCAUGACCGGUCAGAUACCAAGGCUUUCUAAAGUCAACCUUUUCACUCUGCUCAGCCUCUGGAUGGAGCUCUUCCCAGCAGUAGAAGACCAGCGGCAAAAAUCUCAGAAAAAUGAAGAGGGAAAGCAUGGACCCUUAGGAGAUAAUGAAGAGAUGACCAGAGUAUCUACUGACAAAAGACAGGUAAAGAGAACUGGUCUUGUGGUGGUGAAAAACAUGAAAAUUGUUGGUCUCCACUGUUCUAGUGAAGAUUUACAUGCCGGGCAGAUUGCUCUUAUUAAACAUGGGUCAAGGCUGAAAAACUGUGAUCUUUAUUUUUCCAGAAAACCAUGUUCUGCUUGUUUGAAAAUGAUUGUAAAUGCUGGAGUUAACCGAAUUUCAUAUUGGCCUGCUGAUCCCGAAAUAAGUUUGCUUACAGAAGCUUCUAGUUCUGAAGAUGCAAAGUUAGAUGCCAAAGCAGUGGAAAGAUUGAAGUCAAACAGUCGGGCCCAUGUGUGUGUCUUACUUCAACCUUUGGUGUGUUAUAUGGUGCAGUUUGUAGAGGAGACCUCUUACAAAUGUGACUUUAUUCAAAAAAUUACCAAAACAUUGCCGGAUGCUAACACUGACUUUUAUUAUGAAUGUAAACAAGAAAGAAUAAAAGAAUAUGAAAUGUUAUUUUUGGUUUCAAAUGAAGAAAUGCAUAAGCAAAUACUGAUGACUAUAGGUUUGGAGAACCUGUGUGAAAAUCCAUACUUUAGCAAUCUAAGGCAAAACAUGAAAGACCUUAUCCUACUUUUGGCCACAGUAGCUUCCAGUGUGCCGAACUUUAAACACUUCGGAUUUUACUGUAGCAAUCCAGAACAGAUUAAUGAAAUUCACAAUCAAAGUUUGCCACAGGAAAUUGCAAGGCACUGCAUGGUUCAGGCCAGGUUAUUGGCAUAUCGAACUGAGGAUCAUAAAACAGGAGUUGGGGCAGUCAUUUGGGCAGAAGGGAAAUCUAGAAGUUGUGAUGGAACAGGUGCCAUGUACUUCGUAGGAUGUGGUUACAAUGCUUUUCCUGUUGGAUCUGAGUAUGCUGACUUCCCACACAUGGAUGACAAGCAGAAAGACAGAGAAAUAAGGAAAUUCAGAUACAUCAUACAUGCGGAACAGAAUGCCUUGACAUUUAGGUGUCAAGAAAUAAAACCAGAAGAAAGAAGCAUGAUUUUUGUGACAAAGUGCCCAUGUGAUGAGUGUGUACCUUUAAUCAAAGGUGCAGGCAUAAAACAAAUCUAUGCAGGAGAUGUAGAUGUUGGAAAAAAGAAGGCAGACAUCUCUUACAUGAGGUUCGGGGAGCUUGAAGGUGUUAGCAAAUUUACAUGGCAGCUGAAUCCAUCAGGAGCUUAUGGUCUUGAACAAAAUGAGCCUGAAAGGAGAGAAAAUGGUGUGUUGAGACCUGUCCCACAGAAGGAAGAGCAGCACCAGGACAAGAAGCUGUGCCUCGGAAUCCACUAAGAAGGCCUGUCUACACUGCAGGGGAACCUCAAGAACUUUUCAUUGCACUUCUAAAAUUCAGCCUUGUUCAUUCAGAAAAUAAGGAUGGAUUUUGUGAAUAAUUGAAAAGAUUUUUUAAGGAAGCUAAUUUAUUUCUAGGAUACAAAUGGUGUUAAUAAGAAUAUUUGUCUUUUAGAUUUAUGUGUGGGUUUUCCAUAAUGUAGUAGUGUGUUAUUUUAUUACAUGAAAUGAGGGAGCAAUAACUUAAACCAACGUAAUCACCAACAGGGACUGAUUUCUAUUUAUCUUGACUUUAUAUUAGCCAAUUUGAAAGGGUCUGCUUCACAAGAGGUCAUGCCUCUGCAGGGAAUCACACACCUUUUGAGAAAUAUUAAUUCUUUUUAAUUACAAGAGUGACAGUUAGUAAACUGCUCCAGGGAAAUAAGUGUCAUCUUUUUAAGAGUCAGUGUAUAGCAAACCAAAAGGUCACAUUUAUACCCAAAGCUUUCUAGUAAUCAGAAUUUACUUAAUUAGAAUUGACUUAUAAAAAUAAAGUUAGUGGGCUGGGCGCGGUGGCUCACGCUUGUAAUCUCAGCACUUUGGGAGGCCGAGGCGGGCGGAUCAUGAGGUCAGGAGAUUGAGACCACGGUGAAACCCCGUCUCUACUAAAAAUACAAAAAAAUUAGCCGGGCGUGGUGGCGGGCGCCUGUAGUCCCAGCUACUCGGAGAGGCUGAGGCAGGAGAAUGGCGUGAACCCGGGAGGCGGAGCUUGCAGUGAGCCGAGAUUGCGCCACUGCACUCCAGCCUGGGCGACAGAGCGAGACUCUGUCUCAAAAAAAUAAAAUAAAAUAAAAUAAAAAUAAAAAAAUAAAGUUAGUGGACUUGGUCUCCAUUUUUAAAGUAUAUUUUGUAAAUGUUAAUUCUGUGGUCCUGUUUAUCACAGAGUUUGGGUAGCAAUAAGAAGAGAGUGUUAUUCUGAGACAGUGUCGCUGCUUGAUAUCACUGACUCUUGAAAUCACUAACAGUGAACCUCAAAUUUGGUUAUGAUGUUAACAGAGAAGAAAUAUUUGAGUCUGGAAUAUUGAAACUAGCUUUCCUAGAAUUCCAUUAAUAAAUGCCGCUCCCCCAUAUAAUCUUCCCUUCUGUAUAAUUAACAUAGGUUGUCUCAUGGCUUUGAUCUGCAAAAGGAAGAGCCUUUUAAAAACAUUUGCCAACCUCGAGAAUAAAUACUGAAAGUCUUGAAAGUAUGGUCAUUUCAGCUAUUCCAGAUUGCUGUCUGUGAUUUCUCACAUUUUUAUUUGCUGAGAAACAUUCAGAAAAUUAUUCCAAAAAUGAAGGUACAUUUUCUGUUCUCUCCUAGGUUAGAGAGGGGGUGGCCUGGGGUGCUUCAUGAGAAAUGUCUCCCUGGAUCUGCGGUGGUCAGGGUUGCCUCUGCUUUUGUUCCCUGCCUUUCCAGAACAUCACACGGCCUCACUGGGCUUCCUACCAGUUUCUCAGAAUUACACGCAGGACCAUCCAAACACUGGCUCCAUGCCAGGGCUGUGACUGCAGCAUGUGUAGGUCCAUGGGGAGUUCAGAGUCAUCAUACAAGGCAGCCGAGAACUGCCAUAAACCCUACACAGAUGGAAGGCAUGGGAUAGGACGGGAGAGGAGGCGAGGUACACUUAGAGGUAACUAAGGCUAGUUUGAAAACCAUGAGUUAAGAUAUUCUUAUCAGUAUAAAAACACUGAGAUUGCUUACCUCCCAAAUUGCUUUAUUAUAUUAACUCUCGUGCUUCAGCUCUUGGAUUUGUUGUUUCUAACUAACGUGUCAUGUACACCAAACAUUUUAUAAAUCAAUCAGUAAAUAUUUUGCAAGACCCAAAAUCCUGGCAUACUGCCAGGUCUGUGGAUUUCCCUGUUGGGUGUUGGGAUGGGAUAUGAGAGGAAGCAGCAUACAUGUAGGAAAAACUGUGAUUAGAAAGGGAAAAAAUAGGCAUUUCCACAGUACUAUUAAGAGAGUCAUGAUAAUGCCAUUUUUUUUCUUCUGUACAACUGGUCAGAUUUCAAUAAAUAAUCAUUGAUGGUUUACUGUA